AUGCUCCGUGGUGAGAGGGAUGCGUAUCUCCAGGGAAUUACGGGCACGCGGGGUUGUGAGACCUUUGAUUGCGCCCUGUGUCCUUUCAGGAAAUUCAGCUCUUCUCGGCUGUUGACCGCCCGCGUGAAGAGGCACCACGUCAAGAGUAAGAACUACGUGGCGAGCGGCAGGAAACAACUAAAUGUGAUAUCUGCGUUGUUCGAUUCUGAUAAGCUGCGCCGAGCAGAUGGGGGCUCAUAUUUGGGAAGGUCUGCUGCUCUCAUGCGGUCUUCGAUCACGCCGUCGCUCCGCAGCGACCACACGUGCAUUGACAGAGAGAUUGUCUUGGUGCUAUCGGAGGACGGUCCCCGAUACCAGAACAAAUCAUCGAUAUUUCAAGCCGGUGGCUGCCGCAGAGCGGGGUACACGUAUUAUGCACGCGGCUUUGCCGAGUUAUUGGCGCAGGUUUCUUUGUUGCACCAUGGUUCGGAGCUGGUGAGCCUGCUUCCCACGAACGUGGUCCACUGGUUGAAGCUCUUGGAAGACGCGUAUGCUUGCCCAUUCAUCGCGGAACGCGAGCAGUUCAUGAUGCGCGAGUGCGCCGAUCACAAAGAGUUUGAGCAUAUAUCAAUGGAUGCAACUUUCCGGGUGAUGAUGCGCGUGCGAGGGCAAGCCGACUUUCGAUUUUCCGCAGCAGUGCGAGACGCGGCCCUUGUGCCUGAUGCGGAGGCACCUCGUCGUGUCCUUACAGUGCUUGGUCGCACGGGUGCGCUAGUGGGGAUGUAUUUGGUUCGCAACGAGGCCAGCCCUGUUAUCCGAGAUACAUUGCAGAGCAUGUGGCCUCAGUAUUGCUGCGAUCAGGUAACUUCGGUUGCGUCCGACCAAUGCAGCGGCACACUCUUCGAGCAUCUCAGAGAAGUGUUUCCGAAUUUGGAUUAUUUGUCCCUGGACCCCGUGCACUUGCCCAUUGCUUAUGAGUACGCGAAUGGAAACAAGCGUUCGCCAGGGUCCAGGGUGCUUCGGCUGAUGAUGGCUAAGCUGACGAAGGAGCGCAGCGACCUGCCGAGCGAUCAGCGGGGCCCCCCUCACACAGGCGCAGAGAAUAUUGUAUUCAGCAUCUCGGAGAACGACGCGAGGUCUCAGAUAUUGCAGUCGUCAAUGGGCGAGAAGCACGCGCGGAACAUAUUGAGUCGUUUGGACGGCGACGUGCCCUGGACCACGCCGUUCGAGUUCAUUAAGUCCCUGGCCGCGCUGAGCAAAGUCUACUCCGUGGAAGUGAGAAGGAAGUCAGCAGAUGGUUCUACUCUGAAGAGACUUCUUUUCAAUGCGACGUCGCCGCGCAAGUUGCAUUUUUAUUUCAAUAACCAGAGGCACAGGCACUCGCUGCCCCUUUCGAGACUGUCGCUGAUGUCGUCGGGCACGUCUGGCAACGAGACUGUGCACCGCCACAUUAACCAAUGGUGUAGGACUGGGGCUGAAUGGUUUUCCACCACGGCCGAGCUUCAUUUUGGCAUCAACAAAUUCGGCAGGCUGCUGUCCCACAAUACAGCGAUGCACAGCCCAACGCUGCGCCAGCUCAGACAAGGCGACGUGUUGGCAAGAGCCGCCGCCUCGAUGACAAUCCCGUCGGCUGACUGGUUGUCAUACUGUGAGCAGCUGCAGCGCGAGGGAUCUGAUCUUCUCGCGCCUGCCGCCCUGCCGUUGUUUGAGAAGAGACAAGCAAUUAAGCGUAAGAUUGAGCGUGCCAAGGACAACUCAGUCGGUGAGGCUCCGAACGCGCCAGUCAAGCGCAUUGCCUUGCGUAGGCCUGCAGCUUCGCGCGCGACUUCUGCGAAAGGUCCAGGUGCUUCGCGCGCGCCGUCAGCUCCUCGCAAGCCUGCGGCCAAAAGGCCAGCAGCCUUCUGCCUUCGUGCACCUCUGCAGAAGAAGUCCGUUAAGCGGACAGUUUUUACAUUGAGGCGCACGAAGUAG